UUUUGCUGUGUUUUGCUGUUGCAGUGGAAGCUCAAGAAGUUCUCCGUACUCCUUGCGAAGUGUACUCUUUACGGUAGCGUAGAAAGUUCCAGAAAUUUAUCUCAAGGAAUAUGCCACGUUGCUUGAUAAAGUCAAUGGCACGCUAUCACAAGACAGAUAAUUCGAACGAAGAGUCCGAAUUCCCGUGGCUACCACCGUCCACGAAUCUCAAGCGAAAGAAUACGAAAGACACGACGUCCAAGACGAGCAAUAUCUGGACCUGUUCCGGGCUCUCCAUUGUAACCCGUUACAGCUUCCACAAAACCAACGGUGCGACAUUUGACGCAGAGUUGAAUUCAGCUGGACAAAAUUUCGAGAAUGUACAUUAUGAUGCGUCGAUCGACGGGAGGAUAAUGGAUAAUAGUAGGAAAGUAUCAACGAUAUUACUCGAUGAUGCAUCACGAUUUUCCUCCAAGGCGGAGGGAUCGGCAGGUCCGGCGACGCAGACGACAGUUGCAGAAAAAAUCACUGGCACGAUAAAUCCAAACGUCAUGAUCAACGGCUGUGAAACACAGACCCUCUCGCAGACUUUGUAUUUACUGCCGAAACAGAAGCACGAGUCGACGAACGUAGCUGAGGGCAAAACGACAUCCACUCGGGAAGGCUGGAAAAGAAAUAAAACAAUGCAUUACUGUCCGUAUUGUCACAAGAGCUUUGAUCGGCCGUGGGUGCUGAAGGGCCACUUGCGUCUACACACGGGCGAGCGGCCCUUUGAAUGUCCAGUUUGCCACAAAUCCUUCGCCGAUCGCUCGAAUCUUCGCGCACAUCAGAGGACACGUAAUCACCAUCAGUGGCAGUGGCGCUGUGGUGUCUGCUUUAAGGCUUUCUCACAAAGGCGCUACCUGGAACGCCACUGUCCUGAAGCCUGUCGCAAGUAUCGUAUAUCCCAGAAGAAGGAGCUCGUUUGUCCAUGAAUGUAUGUUGGAAAGGACGCGACCAAGAAUAUCGACGGUUGUUAAAGGCU